CACAGGAGCAGCCAAUCCAGCUGUCCCGGGGAGGAAGAGGAGGAGCCAUUGCCCGGCUGGGACUCUCGCCGCUCCCCACCACGCUGCACAGCGAUCCAGUCUCCGCUGCCGGGCCCCACGCGUCGCCCGCCAGCCGCCUUCCCGCGCAGACAUGGCCUCGGCCGCCGCCGCGCCAGUGAAGAUUGGAAUAAUUGGUGGAACAGGCCUGGAUGAUCCAGAGAUUUUAGAAGGAAGAAGUGAAAAAUAUGUGGAUACUCCUUUUGGCAAGCCCUCUGAUGCCUUAAUUUUGGGGAAGAUAAAAAAUGUUGAUUGCGUCCUCCUUGCAAGACAUGGGAGGCAGCACACCAUCAUGCCUUCAAAAGUAAACUACCAGGCAAACAUCUGGGCUUUGAAGGAAGAGGGCUGUACACACAUCAUAGUGACCACUGCCUGUGGCUCCUUGAGGGAAGAGAUUCAGCCUGGUGACAUCGUCAUUAUCGAUCAGUUCAUUGACAGGACCACCAGCAGACCUCAGACCUUCUAUGAUGGAAGUCAUUCCUGUGCCAGAGGAGUGUGCCAUAUUCCAGUGGCUGAGCCAUUUUGCCCCAAAACAAGAGAGGUCCUCAUAGAGACCUCUAAGAAGCUGGGACUGCGGUGCCACUCAAAGGGGACAGUGAUCACAAUUGAGGGACCUCGUUUUAGCUCCCGGGCAGAAAGCCUCAUGUUCCGCACCUGGGGAGCAGAUGUUAUCAAUAUGACCACAGUUCCAGAGGUGGUUCUUGCUAAGGAGGCUGGAAUUUGCUAUGCAGGCAUCGCCAUGGCAACCGAUUAUGAUUGCUGGAAGGAGCUCGAGGAAGCAGUUUCAGUUGAUCGGGUUUUAAAGACCCUGAAAGAAAAUGCUAAUAAAGCCAAAAGUUUACUCCUCACUACCAUACCUCAGGUAGGGUCCAUGGAAUGGUCAGAAACCCUCCAUAACCUGAAGAAUAUGGCUCAAUUUUCUGUUUUAUUACCGAGACACUAAAACAGCAUGGCUGCCUAGAAGAAAAGACGACUUCCUAAUUUUAAACAUUUUGAGAAUUAUACUUAACUUAAAGGAAGUAAAAAUAGGAAAGACAUGCAGCUUUCAUGCCCUUGCCUGCAAAAGAAGAACAUGUAGUAAGAAAGACAAGACAGUGCACGUUAGAGACUCCACCUAAAAGACUUGGACUACGUGGGAACACAGAAGAAAAGCAAAUGGACAGCAGAUAUGGGAGGAAUCUUACCUUUUAGAGAAAAACUUAAGCAGAUAAUAUUCUCUUUAUUUUCCCCUCCUAUUGAAUUUACAACAAUAAAGGCUGAGGGUAAUACCCAAUUUCCUACGCUGCCAGGGAAUGUGAGGAAGAAAUGGGACUCUGUUUCAUUUGUGUGGCUAUAAAUUGGUACACUCUUUCUCAAGAGAAAUUUGGUAAAAUGCCUCAGAAGGCUUACAAAUAUGUAUGCACUUUGUUGAUCCCUCCUAGGAAUUUCUUUUUAAAAAUGUGCCAGAAUACAUACAAAGAACUAUGUAUAAAGAGGAGUUUUUAAUAGUGUUAGUUAUAAUACCAAGUAUUCACAGCAGUCUGAAUAUCUAACGAUUGGAGGUAAAUUAUGUUUUAUUUAUGAUUGGAUUGUAAAGCAGUCAACUGAAUAUCAUGACUUGAAAUAUUUAAUGUCCUAAAGAAAUGGCUGCUGUGUAAUAAAAUGUUUUUAAAUGAUAAAGCAUUUUACAAUACUAGUUUUGUUUUAAAAUGCCAUGUAAAUGUACAAAAAAACUAGAAGGAAAUAUAUAAAAUCUUGUGUUAUUAUAUUUGAGGAAGGGAUACUGGAUAAUUUUUUAUUUUCUUUGCAUAUUUCUGCACCUAUGCAUUUUUCUACAGUGAAUAUAAGCAAAUAAUAAAGUUGUAAAAAUAAAAACUGACUUAGAUAAAAGUUUUUGAAAACACUUUCGGUUAAUAAAGCAAACUUCAAAUAGUAUUAUAAGGAGGGGUGUAUUUUAAGGAAGUUACAUCCUUAUUCUGUUAAAAAGGAGGCUCAUCGGCUGCCAUAUAGUCAGAACAAUACUUGGGUUUGCAACAGCUCCUAAGGAAAAGCCAGAUGUUUAAGACUGAGCUGGUCUAAGAAGUUAAACUGUGUAGAAAACUAAAUACACAUAUUGUACAGGUAGUGUGUCACAUUUUUUUUAAGUUAAUAUUUGUUUCAGGGCUGGGGAUUUAGCUCAGUGGUUUCGAUGCCUGCUGUGUAAGCUCAAGGACCUGAGUUUGAUCUCUGGUUCCAAUAAAAAAUAAAAUAAAAUAACAAAUAAAAAAUAUUUGUUUCAA